UAGCUCAUUCUGUAAACCGUUCGAAACAUGGUUUGAUAGCUUGCUAACUGAGCUAGCCUGAAGGUGUUUUUUUGUGAACUAUUUUAGGAAUGCCUUCUAAAUUGUGACACGUGCGACAAAUAACUAGUCAGAGGUUUGCUUUGAAUGGCCAUACCAGAGAGGUUCAGGUUUUAUGGUUGAGUUCCCUGACCCACAUUGACUGGCGCUAGUUAGCUAGCUAAAACGUUUCUACUUGGCUAUCCAAGCUAUACGUUUUCUAGUAACGUCAGGGGCAAAACAAAGUAGGUAUUCCAGCCCAGCCGCAUCCCUGGACCGGUAACAUGGAGUACCCACCCAGCAAGCGCCUCAAGAGGAUGAGCCAUGCGGCUCCAUGUAAUGACCCCUUCGGAGAUGACGAUGACUUCACCCAGGAUGAUCUAGAAGAGAUUGAUAUUAUAGCAUCUCAGGCCGUGAACGGGGAGCUAGCAGAACCAGGGCCAAGCUCCAAAGGGACAACUAUGGCGAUGGGGUCCAUUGGUCCUCGACCAGGGGAGUUGAAGAAGUCUUAUUCGGGGAGCAGACAACAACCCUCUGGUCUGGCCAUGAGUAACCCUAUGAGAGACGGAGAGAUCCCUGAGUUUCCAUGUAAAGAAACUUUUGGAAACGGACAUCAGUCAAAAACUGACGGGGAGCAUUUAAAGCAACUGGAAGCCCAACAAGCAGACCUCAAGAAAAAGCUGAAGGAGGUAGAAGAGGAGAUCCUGAUGAAGAAUGGAGAGAUCAGAGUUCUGCGUGACUCCCUCAGGGUCGCCCAGCAGGAGAAGGAGGCGCAAAGACAGGCUCAGCUCCUCCUGGAGAGGGAGAAGAGAGACGCUCAGAGCGAGAAGGAGAAGGAGCUCGCCAAGAAGGUGCAGUCCCUGCUGUCUGAGCUGCACUUCAAGGAGGCUGAGAUGAAUGAGAUGAAGACUAAACUACUGAACACAGAGAGAGGAAGGAAAGCAGCGGCUUCACCUGUCACCAGAAACAGACUGUCUGGUCCUGCUGCUCAGCUCCAGGGUGCCAGUGGUGCUAGCAGCAGCCCCCACUGUGUAGCCUUUCCUGGAGGAACAGCCUUCAUCACCAAGGAGACGUUUGGUGCCCAGCUGCCCUCCAGGUCAACGCCGGGCACGACCUCCGGACCAGGACACCUCAGAGACGAUGGAAAACCACAGUUCAGCAGCAGACAGGAAGUGACUCACUCAGACCCUUUUAACACAUUUCAACCCUCUCAUCAUCAAGGGUCGGUCCUGUUAAGUCUGCUGCUACAGCAUCCUCUAGAACCCAGCAGUCUGGGUCUGGGUCACCUUCUCUGCAUCAGCCCUGACGCGCUACCAGGUCUCCUGACCAACACCUGUCUCAGCUCAGGGUCUUCAGUUGGCUCCGGUUCCUCCUCUCCAGAUCCCAGUGUUGUUCCCCGCCACAACAAGCCCCACAGUCAACAGCCACGCUUCAGACACUACCAGAAUCUGGCCCUGUCUGGCCUCAACAUGAUGGCCCUACCCAGCCACCACACUGCCCUUCCUCAGGACCUGCCCAACCCGAACCCCUCUCACACUGCCCUGCCCCAGGACCUGCCCAACCCGAACCCCUCUCACACUGCCCUGCCCCAGGACCUGCCCAACCCGAACCCCUCUCACUCUGCCCCUGCCCUGACCAACACUACCAGGUCCUGUCCCGGUGCUGUCCACCUUCUCCCCCUCCUCGACUACCACAUCGGCCUGUUCUGCCAGAGCCUGGAGGCCGUAGCCCUGGACGGCUCAGGGACGGGGUCUGGUAAGAGGACCCCGAGAGGGAGCUCUCUGUCCGGGUCCUCGGACGGCAGCCUGGCCUCCAGCGUGGAGGAUUCCCUGGGGAGUCAGGAGGAGUUUGCCCUGGCAGCCCUGAAGGUCCUGCAUCAUAGCGUGGCCCAGAGCUCUGAGGUGGUGAACACCCUGCUGGCCCUAAAAGGUGGAGCAGAGGGGAGCACAACACACAGGCCCAUCCUGGCCCCUCUGGUGCCUGGCACCUCCAUCCAGCCUGGGACCUCCAGAACCUCUGAGACCCCAGUAGAUGGGACCAGAGACAGCCUGGACCUCCACCCUCUCCUCGGGAAGCUCCUUCAGCUAUCAGACCCCUCCUUCUCCACCAGCGCUGUUCAGAGGGAGGCCCUGGUGCCCGGAAGUCUGUCGACUCUCAACAUGCUGCUGGAGAGAGCACAGGAGAGGCAGCUGUCCAGGUUCCAGUGUGUUGUGUCCAGUCCGGCUUUGUCUCGCUGCCUGUCUCUAGACUCGUCCUACCAGACCCUGUUUCUGUCUGUCUCUCUACUAGCUGGCCUGUCCCACAGUGAUGAGCUAGCUUUUAGAAUCUGCUGUCAUACAGAUUGGUGUUUGUUCCUGAAGGUAUUCCAGUACAUCACCUCCAGGCCUGACAAGACCGUCACAGACUCUCACUGGUCUCAGCUGGAGGUGGAGGUGGUGCGUUUCCUGACCAGUCUGUUCAAUAGGAAAGCUUCCACGUGGACCGUGUUCGUCGAGUCGUCCUGUCAGUGCCACAGUGAGGUAGUGAAGACCACGGUGGUGCUCCUCCACAGGCAGUGGCUGGCCCUCCGGGGCCGAGUGGAGGGGGGCCCUGGGGUCGAGGCAGCGACCCAAAGCCCAGCGUGGUGCACCUCUCCUGGGGUUGACUUGCUGAGGGAGGCCCUGAUGCUGCUCCACUGGCUCUUCCUCAACAACAGUAGCUUCUCGGAGCACUGCCUCCCUGUCCUCCACAUGUACGACCAGAUGAUUCCUGCCAUUAGAGACGCCUUCAGGAGGAUCCCCUACCUCUCAGAGAGUGAAGAACUGGCUUUGGAUGAGAUUUGUCGUCCUGAGUCUGAGGAUACUGAAGAAGUGGACCUAGAUGCUGGCUCCUGACCUGUUGUUCCUUCUCUGUUGUGUACCGGAUUAGUGUGAAGUUGCCCCCUAGAUACUGGCUCCUGACCUGUUGUUCCUUCUCUGUUGUGUACCGGAUUAGUGUGAAGUUGCCCCCUAGAUACUGAUCUUGGAUCAGUUUUGCAUUUUCCCCCACAAAUGGUUAAGGUUAGGACUGGGGGAAGAGAACUGAAUUGAACCCAGCCCUGCUUUGUACAGCUACUAAUGCCAGCGUCCCAAAUGGAGCCUGUUUCCCUAUAUAGUGCACUACUUUUGACCAGAGCCCUGUGGGCUACAGUAGUGCCCAGAAAAGGGUCCCAUUUGGGACGCUGGUAAUGUCUUGUCUUUCUGAGGAAUGCUGACGAAAAUGACUGUUCUUGAUAUUGGAAUGUAAAAAAAUAAUAAUUGAUUUUUCAACAGUUUUUCUAUUAUUACUGUACUGAGCUCUUUGUGAGUUUUUACUCGAAUGUGUUCAAUCCAUGAAAUAGCAUCAAUGACAUCAGUGUUGCAAAAAUAAAUAUUUGAUGACAAGAAAACUCUUGGCGCAAACGACAAUUCAUUGUACUCACCAGAGUAUGUGCCAUCAUACCAACUCCUCAUCAGUCA